UCACCGCUCCCCUUUCUCUUUCUCUGCCCUCCCGAUAUUCUCAAGAAAAGAACUCUGCGAUUCUUACUUUUGUUUGCUCUGUUUUCUUCUUAUCUCAAAAGCAUCCCUAUCGCCUGUUAUUUUCUCUCCGUGAGGUAGCUUCGAAUGACAGGAGCUAGAGGUAAAGGUGCUGUGAAGAACACAACUACAUCCUUGAAGCCUGCUGAUGACAGAAAGGUUGGGAAGCGGAAGGCAACUGUCGAUGGAAGCACAGUUCGGAAAGCCAAGAAGGAGAGAAAGGCUAAUAAAGAUCCCAACAAACCAAAGAGGCCUCCUAGUGCUUUCUUUGUUUUCCUCGCGGAGUUCAGAACUACUUUCAAGAAGGAAAAUCCUGAUGUGAAGGCUGUAUCAGCUGUUGGAAGAGCUGCUGGUGAGAAGUGGAAAUCCAUGUCUGAGGAAGACAAAGCCCCGUAUGAGGCCAAAGCUCAAAAAAGGAAGGGUGACUAUGAAAAGCAAAUGAAGGACUACCACAAGAAGCAGGGAACUUCUGCUAAUGGUGUGGCGGACGACGAAGAUGCUGAAGAGGCGAAUGAUGAAGAAAAUGAGGCUACUGGAGAGGACGAUGACGUGGAUGAUGAUGAUGAAGAUUGAAAGUCAAUGGUUGACUUGGACAUGAAAUGAUUGAACAUUGCAAAAAGUUUCUAUAUUUUGUAUGUUCAUACUUGCAGGUCAAAUGGUAGCUCUCUGAAUACCUUAGCUUCAUGAUGCUUUAGUAUAUUUCUUGUUUAUCCAGUAUAUAUUUACUAACAGGAAGAUGCAUAUUCUAGGGAGAUACUAUGCAUCAUGUUUCAUUAAAUUUAGUUGU